AAACCAAGCAUUCCAACUCCCUCUUCACACCUACCGGUCUUCUUUCUUUUCUCAACACCCGUUCUUCUUCCCUCACUCUUCUCGGGAUUCUCCGCCCCUCCUCCUCCUAUUAAUAUUACUUAAAUGCAUCCACAGCACCACCAGUUCCUCGCAUUCUUUUUCUUUUGCCUCCAACAAAUUGAAUCCAAGAUCUUGCUUAUCUUUCUCUUCCCUGGAAAAAAUGGCUGACUUGGAUCACUCUUCUGACGAUACCUCUGUCGAUUCUCGAGAGAACAGCAGCCAAGAUUCUAAGCUGGAAUUCUCAGAGGAUGAGGAAACGCUUAUUGUUCGGAUGUAUAAUCUGAUUGGAGAUAGGUGGGCUCUAAUUGCUGGGAGAAUACCAGGAAGAACAGCAGAAGAGAUCGAGAAGUAUUGGACUUCUAGAUACUACUCAACAAGUGAAUGAGAGAAAUUUGACGAUGUUUUUUCUCUACGAAAGCAAGCAUUGUCGGGGGUUUUGAUGCAGAGUUUGGGCACACAGUUCGGUUUGAUUGGCUUAGGGGGGGCGUUUCACCCGUCCUAUCGAUGUGGUCUUUGGUGUUUGGAAAUUAAAUUUAGUGCUCUAUUUUCAUUUCCCUCGGAUGGGUAUCGAGAUAUCAAGCCCAUCAGGAGAUAAAUUUGCAUGUAAAUAUGCUUUGUCCAAGUUUAGUAGCAUUAGAGCUAUAUCUUCCUUCAAGCAUAAUUCCAACUUUUCCCCUUC